AGAUAUCAUCGCCAUGGGGGAUGAUGCGCAGGCGGCUCCGUGCGCACAGGCCGGUAACGGAAGGCGCUGCACUCUAAAUGGAACCGAGUGCAGCGGUGGUUGGCCCGGGCCGAAUGACGGCAUUACCCACUUUGACAAUCUGGGAUUUUCCAUGAUCACGGUAUACCAGUGCAUCACCACUCAGGGCUGGACGGAUGUUCUGUACUGGGUAAAUGACGCGAUUGGAAUGGAGUGGCCCUGGCUGUAUUUUGUGACUCUGAUUCUCUUGGGCUCGUUCUUCAUCUUGAAUCUGGUUCUGGGGGUUCUGUGUGGGUAAGUCCAAACAUUUGUGGUCUUCAAAUCAGUAACGUUCUACUGAUAUUGUCCACAUUUUAGAAUAAUGGAAAAAAUUAGUUGGUGUGUCCCAACUUUU